AUGUCGCCUGGAGGCUCGGACGAGAUCUCUAACGAGGUGCAGGACUUCAUUAAGAAAUGGGACCUCGAGCGUUUCGAGAGCCGCCUCAUCGACAGCUUGCGGAAACGCAGCGGCACCUGGAGGGAGGACCUGGAGUCGCUGGACCGGACCCUUCAGGACGCCCGGUCACCUCCGGCGCUGCUGUCGGUGAAGCUCCGGGAGAUGGAGGAGGGAACGUUCGAGCAGAAGGGUGGUCACAACAUGUGCAACGACUUUCUGAAGGGAACCUGUGACCGCGGAGAACGUUGCCGGUUCUCUCACGGCGACUCUGGCGGCGGCGGCCGCGGAGGCGGCAGUUGGGGCGACCGAGGCGGCGAGAAGGGCGGUGGAGGCGGCAGCUGGGGCAAAGGCGGCGGCGGCGGAAGCUCACUCGAGGGUUGGAUGCAGAGGGAGAUCGCGGACCUGGUGAAGAAGUAUUCCCUGGACGACAGGCUGGAGAGGCGCCUGGCGGAGAGGAUGCAGUCUCGAGAAAACACGUUCAGGGAAGACAUGCAGAGCUUGGACGAGAUCCUGGCUGGAGCCCGCAACCCGCCUGGGCUGCUGUCAGUCAAGCUCCGAGAGAUGGAGGACGGCACUUUCGCCCCCAAAGGCGGAGGCAAGGGCGGCGGCGGGCGCGACUACGGCGGCGGCUUCGGCGGCGGGCGCGACUUCGGCGGCGGGCGCGACUUCCGCGGCGGAGGCGAUGGCGGCAAGGGCGGCAGCGGGGGUGGCGGAAUGAGCUCUGCGCGGAAGCGCGAGCUCUUCGGCAGCGGUUCUGCGUCCCCCGUGAGGAAGAAGGACAAGAAAGAUUCCAGGGGCCGCUCGCGAAGCAGGAGGAGAAAGGACGAGAGCAAGUCGAGGUCGCGAAAGAGGCGCAGCCGAUCGCGCUCGCGUAAGAAGAAGAAAGACAAGGGCAAGGAUAAGGACAAGGAAUCGGAUAGCCGCUCGCGCUCGCGCAAGAAGGACAAGGAGAAGGGCAAAGACAAGGAAAAAGACCGUGACCGCGACAGGGACAAG